GAUGUUAUAUUUUUAAUGGCACCAAUCCCGAUGGUUUUAAUGGACUUGCAAGCAUAGGGCUUUCCGAUCCAUUCAAAGAUAGAGAUGGUAGUCUUAUGGAUCCUGGAUUAUGUAUAUACCACUGCGCAAAUUACGGAUUUGUUUAUUCAGGUCUGACAAAAGGUGAUGAAUGCCGCUGCGGAGGAUCUACUGCCCUUGUAACAUAUACCAAAUUAAAUGAUACUUUAAGUAAAAUAGUGUGCAACGCAUCAUGUGUCGGAAAUUCGAGCUAUCCUUGUGGUGGUGACAUCGGAUACACAAUUUAUCAAGAACCGAUUCCAAUGCCACCAAAAAUAAGCGCAUUACAAAAAGUCUCUAUUAUUCAAGACCUCAAAAAUAAUAAGAAAUAUAUUGGUUGUUUUAAAGAAUCUCCUAACUGUAACCAAAGAAUCUUAAAGGGAUCAAACGAAGAAGUCAUCAGCUUAAGUGUUGAGGAUUGCGUGAAUUUUUGCAAAAGUAAUCAUUAUAAUUACGCUGGAUUAGAAAUUGGUACUCAAUGCUUUUGCGAUAAUGAUUUCAAACACAUCAAUAUGCUUAGGCCUGAAGAAUGUAGCUCUAGUUGUACAGGAAAUGACUCAGAGAUAUGUGGUGGUCCACUUGCGGUGUCAAUUUAUAGUGUGCCUUCUGAUACUGAUAAUACUAUUCCAAUUGUACUUGGCGUUGUGAUUCCUCUAUUUAUAAUAAUAACCGCCGCGAUAUGUGGUUGUUACAUCUAUAAGAGGAGAUCUAAGAAUCAAACCCAAGACGAAACAAUUCAACCAAAUACUGAAGAAAAAGAGGAGAUAUAA